AUGGCACUCAAUCGAACCUUCACUCUCAACACGGGGGCUAAAAUCCCCGCAGUAGGAUUCGGAACGUGGCAGGCAAAGCCCCACGAGGUCGAGGAUGCAGUUGAAAUUGCGCUCAAGGCCGGCUACAGGCAUAUCGACUGCGCCGCGAUCUACAGAAACGAAACUGAAGUCGGAGCAGGAAUCAUGAAAAGUGGUGUCGAUCGCAAGGACAUCUUCAUUACUUCCAAGUUAUGGAAUACCAAACACGAUCCGAAGGAUGUCGAGCCCGCUCUAGAUACGUCACUAAAAGAUCUCGGUGUCGACUAUGUCGACCUUUACCUCAUGCACUGGCCUGUGGCUUUUGCAUCUGGCGAUCGGUGGUUUCCAUUGACCGAGGAAGGGGUUUUCAGAUUGUCGGAUGUGUCGAUUCUAGACACGUGGAAGGCGAUGGAGAAAUUGUUGAAGACAGGAAAGACUCGUGCUAUUGGAGUGUCCAAUUUCAACAUUCGCCGUUUAGAGGAGCUUCUCGCAGGUAGCGACGUCGUUCCAGCUGUCAAUCAGAUUGAGCGACACCCGUACAUCCAGCAGCACGACCUUCUGAAGUUCUGCAACGACAAAGGUAUUCUGGUUCAGGCAUACAGCCCGCUCGGCAAUAACAUCACAGGCGAACCCAAGACUGUUGAUGAUGCCGAGGUGCACGCCGUCGCCAAAUCUCUCGGGAUUGACCCAGGUCAGGCACUCAUCAGUUGGGCUGUUCAACAGGGCACGGUGGCAUUGCCUAAAAGUGUUACAGCAAAGAGAAUUCAAGGUAACUUCCAGGAUUCGAUCCUCCCAGAUGAUGCCUACGAGAAGCUGAACUCCCUGGAGCGACACAAGAGAUUCAAUUUCCCAGCACGUUGGGGUACGGACAUCUUCGAUGAGAUUGGACAAGAGAAAGCCUCACAAAUCGCACAGGAGUCUGCUGAGUCGAAUCUGAAGAACUUUACUGUGUAG